AUGCAGAAUCAAUACUUUGUAAAAGGGUUAGGAUUUGCUUAGAAAUAGGAGCCUUAAGAGACUCGAUCUUAUGGUCGUAUUAAAAAAACUCCCUAUUCUGCAUAUAAUAAUAGAAGUUAUAAUUUAGUAUAGAAUUCAUUUUAAAUUAGAACUAUCACGAUAUUAGAAUGUGUCAACAUCAUAUAAAAAAGAUGGUGGUUAUUCUCAAUAGCGCGAUUAAGAAUUAGGCUGCAACAAUGUUCAAAUAUUUGAGGUAGUUUUGUCAACUUGAAUUAGUAUUUAUGUACAAAAUAAAUAAGAGGAAGAAAUAAAAGCCUAAUUAAGAGUAAUCUAAGAAGGGUUGUUGAGAUUCCAACAUGCUAUAUCAUUAUAUAAUUAGAGAUUAAAAGGAACUGGAUUUUUUAAUAUUGCAAAGGUGGAUGUAAUGUCCCAUUUGAAAAAAGAAUUAAGAAAUCAGCAUUCCUUAUAGUACUAACCACUUACUCAUCAAAUAUUUAGGAAGUGGUUGAGGUUGACACUCGAUUUGAAAUUCAAUAGAGUUCUGAAAUAAUAAUAAUAGAAUAUGAUAGGUUUUUAUAAAUUCACUCUGUGCAAAAUAAUAACAAAAUAAGACUCAUUAAAAGUAUGGAGUUUUAAUAAAUUAAGAAUUACUCAAAGAAAAUCAAAAUUAAACAGAUUAAUAAUUAACUUAGGUUUUCAGUAUUUGAGACUUAAUCUAUAUAAUGCUGAAGAAGCAACAUACUAACACUUAAGGAAGCCGCACUUAUUAUAAUAAAUAGAAGCAUUCUAAAAAAUAAAGCAUUAUAAAUAUUUCAACUCCAAUCAGCAUUACUUUAUUUUAAUUUUAGUCAACAAAUUCAGUAACAACAUUAAAUUACCUAAGAUAGUAAAUUACAUGUAUUGAGAACAUUGUUCUUUUCAUCCAUUAAAAGAGUUGAUCAUCAUUUAGAGUAUAUGGUACCAAACGAAUAAAAAUAAUAAUUCGACAUAGAAUUAGCUAGAUAGUUAGUUCAUUGCAAAUUAAAACACUAAAAACUAUAAUAAAGAUUUAUUAAAACAUCAAAUUUGCAUGCUCCAAUUGGAAUCUUUGAAUCAAUCAAAACCAUAUUUUAUAAAUCAAUGAUACCAUGUUUCAUUCGAAUAAGAGGAUCUCUAAAAUAAUCUUAAGCACAAGAUAUUGAAGUUUAGGAUGGAAUCUCAAAAAAUUUAGUAAACUUUAUAAUUAUUCAAGAGUAUUUUAGCUAGUAAACUAAGCUCAAAAAUUAAAACAAAAAAUCUAAAAUCUUAAAAUUUGGAAAUUCAUUUAAGACUUGAAACAAUUUUCAGAAAGAAUUACAUUUAUGAAAGAAGACUAAUCUUGAAAUCUUUAAAGAAAUGGUAAAUUAUCACAUUUCCUGUCUAAUUAUAUCAUGAUUAUGAGAUGAGAUUAAAAGUGUUGUAGAAUGAAAAGGUGAACUUUUAACCUAAUAUUUAUAGGAAGUUAUUAUGACUGACAUUGAAUAACUAGAAAUAUUGAACAAUGAAUUGAUGAAUACCAUGAAUGAAGUUAAAAAAACUUUUCUAUCAGAUGAAUCCAAUCUUAAUACUUCCAAAAAGAAUGAACAAAAACAAAUCGAAAUCCAAAGAUUUGACAUUUUAGAUAACUUAACCUCGCAGAAAGAAAUCAAAAUUGCCUUUGAAUAUGUUGAUUACCUUAAAGAAGAUGUAUUAUAAAUAAUUUUAAUUAGAAUAUUGAUUUAAAGAAGUAAGUUCAAUUGAAUGAGUAACUUAUGAUGAACGAAAUUUAAUAAUUAGAAUAAGAACUCUAAGUAAGAUAUAUUCUAAUAUGAAAGGAACUCAAAAAUUAAUUAUCAAAUUGA